GACAGCGGACGUUUUCGUAAAUAUUUACACCGAUUAGUCGCACCCGAAAGUGGUCAAAGUGAGCAGCAAAGUGGUCCGGAACUGGUGCCGCGUCGGGAGUGAGUGGUUUUCGCUACUUUGGAGUACUUCGGAGGCAGUAAAAGUGAUUUUUUUUCGCAGCCGACGGCCCACUAGAUAGUGUUCGCACUAGUGCCGUCUGGUAACGCAGCGACGCCAUUUUAGAAUUUUUAUUUUGCCUGGCUACCUUGGAUGAAGGAUUUCGCAGUGCCGUGAAGUGAAAAUUUGGUUGCAAAUGGAUGCAAUUGUUUCGUGUGUAAUUAUUGUGCACCGAUUUUGGGAAUAGAAGAAAAGUGUAGUUUUAGGCUAGAUUGGUUCGAAAAGCUUCCACGCAGCGGGAAUGCAAAAUGCAUUUGGAUUGGUGGCUGAGGCUACCGGACGCGGAUAGAGAGAGCCAAGUGUGACAAGGUGAAAUGGUAAUUUAGGACCUUUUGCACAUCGCAUGUCCCCAUAAGACAAAGAGAAAGGGUUCUUCGUUAGGCAAACUUAGCGGAAACGAUUUUCAUUUGUUGAAUGAAAACAAAGAAUAAAUACAAUAAACCGAGCAAAACAGAUUAAUACCACGAACAACGGUCAAGCACAGCAGUCGUGUCGGCAGUCUAGUGCGUGCCAGUCCGUCAGCAAACAUGACGACGGUGAAAACACCUCCGGUGGAAUCGGAGCCACCCGGCAAGUCGCCGCUGUCGUCUUCGUCCUCUUCGUCAUCCUCGUCGGACUCGGACGAUGGAUCGGAUUCGUCGUCCGACUCCGAUUCUUCGUCGGUGGCCUCGACAAGCAAAACCAGCAGCAAGCAGAGCACCGAUAAGCAGCAACAUCAACAGCAGCAGCAGCAACAACAGCAGCAGCAGCAACAACAGCAGCAGCAACAACAACAGCAACAGCCACAGCAGCACCAUCAGCCCCAGCAACUACAGCAGCAAUUUAGCGUUAUGAGCUCCGACACCGCCGGCCUGCGUAUGAAGAUUGCAAUUCCGCGCAAUCAAUCGAACUCAACGCCCGCUCCGUCACCCUCCGGCAACAUCAUUCCGGUCAGUGGUGGUGCAGCUCGUCCCGGAUCGUCGGCAAGUGAUGCACAGAAACACGCUCCCGUAGCGAGCACGGCGAACCCGACCGGUUCGAUCGCUUCCGCUAGCCCUGCCCGAACGGCAACACCGGCCGGAGGCAGCGAAAAGGCCGCUUCCGCGAGCGAAUCGAAGGGUCGGUCCUCAACCACCGGUGGUCGAAAGAGCAGCAAGAGCGACUCGAGCUCGGAAAGUUCGUCCUGUUUCUCGAAUUUCAGUGAUAGUGACAGCGAUAGUAGCAGUUCGGAUAAUCACGACGAGCCGCCGAAGAAGGACGGUUCCACCGGAAAUGGUACCAAGAAGCAAAAGUUUGUCAAGCGGAAGAAGACCAGCCGCAGUGUGACAACGAGUAGCAGCAGCGACGGUAGUGAUGACUCCAGUGGUUCCGAUUCCAGUAGUGAUGAGAAUCAGGAUGAAAAUACGGAGCAGGGUAUUGCGACCGGCUCGAUGCCGGUGCCAACUUCAACCGAAUCGAAUCCUGUGCCGCCGCCCGCUGGUACGAUGCCAGAAGCGGAUGGCGCUUCCUCCUCCGAUAACGAGCUUCCUGCGUUGGUGAACGCAGCAAUAAUGCGGGUUGCCGAAAGCGGUUCCGAUGGCGAAAGCUGUCGGGGAACGCCAUCGGCUAUUCCACAGUACACUUCCAGCCUUCUACGGGAUUUUGUGGCGAAAACUAGCAUGCUCGGUAGCGGAGGAGGAUCCUCUGAGUCGUCCACUCCGGUGGCACAAACUGCCGAAGAGCAGAAAAUCAAGACUGAAUCACCGGUGCCAAGCAGCAGUAGUGGUGCUAUGAAUACAGUGGCCUCCAGCAGCAGUGCUCUUAACGUAAACGGCGUCCCGUCGAAGCCUGAAUCGGCGACGAUCGUUCCGAUAAAACGACGCGGACGUCCACCGAAAUCUGCCGCUAAUCCGGUGGCGGCUGUAGCGGCGACUAAGGCUCCUCCACCAGCGAUUAGCGAAUCUCCGGACUCGGGCAUACUAUCGACGCACAGUUCAACCGGUUCGCCGAAAACGGAAAAGAAGGUCGCGACUGCGGGCAGUCAAAAACGACGAGUAGAACAGCCCGAACCAUGCAGCAGCGGUACGAGCGGUAAGAAUGCAGCAGUCGCACCUCUCAGCAAGUACACCAUUGCUAGUCUUGAUCGAAAUACGUACGCAACGGAACGCGUGCUGUAUCCUCCCAGAGGGAAGAAAAAAGUUGGACGGCCGGCUAAAGAUAAACAGCUGCCGGCAAUACCGGCUACAUCUCCUGCGGAGGAUAAUCUGGACCCUCUGUGGAAGAAGAUCGAUAUUAGCAAGAAGUUUCACGAGCCCCGAUUGAGUGGGUAUAAAAGCGACGGAGGUCAUUCGACCAUCUGCUGCAGCAAGCAGUUGGCUUCGCAAAGUGGCUACAUCAGUGAUUACGGUGGCAGCCACCGGAGGAGUCGCUUGUCCGGCUACAAAUCGGAUUGCAGUACGAAGUCGCGGAAAAGUUGUGGCUACAAGAGUGAUUACAGUGUGAAGGCGAAAAGCUGCGGUUAUCGAAGUGAUUGCAGUACCCGGCAUCGGAAGCAAGUGCGGCGAAAACGUCGCAAGAAGCUAGCGCCGAAUAAUAACAAUCUUAACAAUAAGAACUUCAAUCAGAGCAGUAAAUCGUCGAGUGUCAGUGAGCAGGACAUUCUGCAGCUGGCAGGACUUACGCUUGGCAGUACGAGCGAGGAAAGCAGCAGCAGUCAAGAAUCUCUGUCGUCGAUCAACACGGCGACCCCGUUCAGUAAGGCUCUCCGAAUCUCGCAGGAUCUUCCCCCCCAAAACAGCAAGACCAGCAUUCCGAGUCUGCUAACGGCGAAAAACCGCGUCAACCAUCUGCUUCCGAUCAAUAAUUUCAAGGGAAUCUUUUCCUCUCUGACCCGAUUUGGCGGUUUGAACAGUUUCGCUUCCAAUGUUGGUUCGAAGAAUUCGUUUGCCACCUUUCUGAAGAACAAUCGCAACCGGGAUAAUGGGAAGGUUAAUGUUAAGAAGCUGCCGCUUUCUAAGGCAAAUGUUAUUAAAAAUUCCGAGGAGUGCAGUAAGCGGUUUCAGAGGAGUACCAGUCAGGAUUUGCUGAGUCGAAUUACCAACGCCGAUAUUCCGAAACCAUCGCCGGCUAAGUCCGUGUGCUCGAAACGAAGUCGACGGAAGAGCUGUCACAGUGAUCGGAUGGACAAUGUUUCGCUGAAAAGUUGCGGCACUACGAUUCGCCAGCGAAGGUUGAGUACGAUGAGCCGGUGUAGCAGUAGGUCGGCCGGAUCGAGACAUCCCUGGCGGAAGAAGAAACGAAAGCGUCUGCGGUCGAAUUCCGUCGCGGGGAAAUCAUCCUCUGAUAUUAAGCUAGGGUUGGAGAUUGAGCGACUGAACGAAUCGUUUGGUAGUCAGUGUCGGAUCAGUGUGGACAGUCGGGCAAGGGAUGGCCUGUUGGGUAUUGGAGCGGCAGCUCUGGCUGGAGCUGCUGCAAAAAAUCAACAAAAAGGUCGUUCAACAAAGAAAAGGAAAGCUUCCGAACACGUGGAAUCCCCUUCAACGACCGGAACGGCAGGAACAAAGCGGCGAAAUAAGAAAAAUGUUCCCACCCAGAGUCCGGAUGACCAUAAACUUCCACUGAAGAAGCGUCACUAUUUGCUUAGUGAGCAAACGGCGAAGAGUAACGACAGUGGAACCGAAAAGGAUGACGCUAAAGGUCAUGCGGUGGCGAAUUCAUCUGCCGUCGUCGGUGGUCGGAUGUCAUCUUUGACGGUGGCAUCCAGUUCGUCUGCGUCAGCUUCGGUUCCGGCCGUGAAAGAUCCUACCAAAGCAGUAACACCGAAAAAGCGUCACCUUCUGAAAUCCCCGGAGCCGGCAGUUCCCGAGGAAAUCGUUCAGAUAAAAUCAAGCGAUUCUCCACUGCCCCUAGAGCCCAGGACUUCCGAUCACCACCACGUGGAUACGUCGCAUGGCCAUCACAAGAAAAAUGAAGCUAUAACGCGGAAGAAGAACCGCUUGGAAGGUCUUGUGUCGAAGAUUCAACCAACGGCAACGGUUACAGCCAUUCUUGCCGACAAUAACAUCCUGGCAGCCACGAACCACCGAGCGACGCCUCAUACGCGGCCUACGGUGAUCCAUACGUCCUCCACCAACACGACAACGACUUCCACUGCCAGUGCACCGCCACCGGGAGUGUUCGAACCGACCGUAGACUUAGAACUAUCGAUACCGGCUUCCAUCCCGUCGCUGAUCGCUAAAGUGGAGUUGUUGGAUAGUCCUCGCCUGAAAGACACCAUUUCCAAACUGGAAGGUGAAGAUCACGCACGGAAAGGUUCCGAAAAAGUAAUCGAACAGUUGCUAACGAAAACCGGAGCCCAUCUGCUGCUGAAGAAGAAACGAAAGAAGCCCAACAGGACGGGUUUCCCGACGGUCAAGCGAAAGAAGCGGAAGCUAAUCGAGAAGGACCCAUCGGAUGAAGAGCAAAAACCGGAAGUCGGUCCCGAGCUGUUCGAUUCUACCCACCUGACACGGCACGUUCCAUCGGAAACGGAGAAAGCGGACAAGGAAGUGCAGCAACAGCAACAGCAGCAGCAGCAGCAGAGGGAGAAGGAAGCAACCGCACGGAAUUGUGAUCGAGUGCCCAAGGAAGGCGAGCCGACGGAUAGUUUUAUCGAACGAAACACUCGGCCUCGGCUUUCGGUGGUUAGUUUGGAGCGACUUCAGGGCAAGGUUCCGUUAAGUGGGCGCGACACAACCGGCGGUGCAGGACACGCUUCAAGUCCAAACAGUGGCAGCGGACGCGGUCGGAAGGCAGCUGUUGCAAGUGCUACCAAGGUUGCCCUCCCUAAGGUUGUAAGUCCCGAGCCUGUGGUGACUCCCGAACGAAGACAGCUUCGAGAGAAACCGAAAGAUAAAUCGGAGCAGCCGGAAAAAGAGGAACCAAAACCGAAGGAACGAAGGGUUCGUGGGGAACCGGAAACAAUUGUUAAACUAAGCAGGAAGGAGACUCUUGAAAAAAUUAAUAGACAUAAGAAAAAGCUGCAGGAGUUGGCGUUGCAACCGGAGAAAAAUUUGAAGCAUAAAGAAGCCGUUCAUUCGGAGAAAAACCCGAAACAUAAAGAACCGGUUGCGGUUCAUUCGGAAAGGAGUCUUAAGCAAAAAGAACCGGCAUCGAUUCAACCGGAGAAGAAUCUCAAACAUAAAGAUAAAGAAGUGGUUUCAACGGAGAAGAACUUGAAACAUAAAGAAGCAUUUGCGGUUAGCUCGGAGAAGAAUCUGAAGCAUGAGGAGGUUGCGGCACAACCACCGGUUGUGGAGAAACCUGCGAAACAGAAGGAGAAACCCGUGGAAUCCUUGGCAAAACAACCGGGGCUGCAAUCAGUUCCGGAAAAACUGUCCGGUGAUAAGCCAAACGAUCAUCAAAUUUCACGUAAGAAGUCUUCAAAGCAGAAAGACAAAAUUCUCGAACCAGAACCACCGGCGAGCGUUCCGAAACCAAGCGAAAAACUAAUGAAGGAUAAAGAGAAUAAAAAGCAAACAAUCUCACCCGUCAGAAAAACGAGAGUCCUCGCUGAGGAGAACCCGUCGACGAUUGUACGCCGAACGCGUAGCUGUUCCAUUGCGUUGGACCCGCACGAACUGGCCAAGAAAAACGCCGGACAGGAGAACGAAAUUGUGCUGAAGAAUGCCGUCAUUAAACUGCAACCAUGUCUGAUAUCGAAUGACGACUCCGAAUCGCUCGACUCGAUGCCCUUGCUGAAACGUCUCCAGUCCCGUUCCGUAUCGAGACAAAAACAAUCCGCCACGCCGGAUUCCGCUCCAGUAGCGUCUCCGAAAAUCCCCCCGGUUGCGGUUCGCGCAAGAGGACGCCCCAGAACGGCAUCACCGACGCCAGCAUUCGAAACGCCACCGCCCAUUCUCGUCACUCCGACACUGUCUGAACAACUCAGCAAGCUGCGACGUUCGCGUAUGAGUGUCAUUGACACGGCAAAACAGCAUGUUGAACCGGAAACCAUAGCAACGCCUCCGCUGAAAGAAACACGCUCGGCAGCUGCUAGAAAAUCUUUCACGAAGGAUGCUCCUCCGGAGCCCCAGCAACAGCAGCAGCAACCACUGGAAACACCACCGGUCAAGAUAAUCAUUUCGAAAAAAGAUCAGAAAGCCGUUGCCACGGCUGUGGCAAUGGAAAAACAGUUGGUGAAGGAAAAGAGUCCUCAACCAGUGCCGUCGGAAGAUUCAAUCAAGGAUCGCGUUAAAAGCCGUUGUUCCGUUUCUCAAGCAGUCCCCUUGGAAGAUUCACCAAAAGAUCGCGUUAAAAGUCGGUGUUCCAUUAAGACCGACCUGGCUUCGGCGGACAAAGCACGCAAAGAGCAAAAGAAAGCAGAAGAACCGCCGCCGCCUCCGGCGGUUCCAAAACUGAAACGAGGCAAAGGUGACGAGUCACCGCCGGAGGCGGAAAAACCGACCAAAAAACUUCGCAAAGGACCGGAACCUGCAGCUGCAGCGCAGCAAGUUGUCGUUCCGCUGGUUCCGGUGGACGUCCAACAAUUUGACGUCGAAGAAUCCAUCACUCAGCUGUCGAAAAUUCAACCGGCAUCGUCGGUGGAAGAUUUGGAACACGAUCCGCUCCCGGAGGAGGAGGGUCCACCGGAUUAUUUCCGCGAGGAAACCCCAUCGCCACCGGUGGAUGGAGUUAAGGAUGGCAAAAACAAAAAGGUACCCCGUAAAAAGUACAUCUCCGCCGGUUUGUUCUCCGAUUGCUACAAGGAUGACGGUAAAGGAUCCGGCCGUAGUGGUUCGAAGGUACAGCCCGAGAGUCUGCUGCCUCCGCCAGCGUACUGCGAACGGUUUCUACGUCGAACCCAGCGGGACUUUCAGCUGCCGUACGAUCUCUGGUGGUUGCACGAGAAUGGCAAACUUACCGCUCGGCAUGCCGUCGCUAGCUGGAACUACAAAAAGAUCCGUACGAACGUGUACUACGACGUAAAGCCGAAUCCGUCCACCGAUCAUCCGCAGUGUAACUGCAAGCCGGAUAGCGGCUGCAAGGAUGAUUGCCUCAAUCGGCUUGUCUACGUAGAGUGUGCCACGGAGAACUGCCCGUGUGGCGAUCGCUGUCGGAACACGAAAAUCCAACGACACGAGUAUGCACCCGGACUGGAGCGAUUCAUGACCGAGCACAAAGGUUGGGGAAUUCGCUCGAAAGAAGGAGUCAAAAAGGGGACAUUUAUCAUGGAAUAUCUGGGCGAAGUUGUUACGGACAAAGAGUUCAAGGAACGAAUGCGAACGAUCUAUCUCAACGACACGCACCAUUAUUGUUUGAACCUUACCGGAGGUUUGGUUAUCGACGGUCAUCGGAUGGGAAGCGAUUGCCGAUUUGUGAAUCAUUCGUGUGCUCCCAAUUGUGACAUGCAGAAAUGGUCUGUCAAUGGGCUGUUUCGGAUGGCAUUGUUUGCCUCGCGAGAUAUUCCACCCUACGAAGAGCUAACGUACGACUAUAACUUUUCGCUCUUCAACCCUUCCGAAGGACAACCCUGCAAGUGCGGAACGGAACAGUGUCGUGGCGUUAUCGGGGGUAAAUCUCAACGGGUCAAACCGCUGCCAGCUCCUGCGGAAGUUAAAAAACCGGAAGCAGCACCAUCUGCGGUAAGUAACAAUCCAGCGGUAGCUCCAACGGAACAUAGUCCACGGAGCGCUGCGCGCUCUCGAAAACGCCAAGCAAAGAAAAAUGCUCCACUGACGCAGCUAAACGGCCAACCACUGCCGAACUUUGUCCCGCCAACCACAAAGGAGCGUGCCCUAAUCGUGGAACAUCAUUGUUUCCUGAUGCGAAAUCUCAACAAGAUACGGAAAUUGAAGGACCGUUCGCCGGAACAUUCGUCCUCCUCGCAGGCUGGUAGUCCCGCUCCGGGCGGACAAGCUGGGGGAAAACCUUCCCUAGCAUCGCAAAUUUCUGCUCUGCGUUGCCCACGGAACAUGCGAACCCGGGGACUUGCCUUCGUCGAGGAUGAUCCCGAGCUGGAGAAGAUUGCCCGCAUUGCCGUUGCACUGAAGGAGAUCUGCAUUGAGAUUGCCAGCUUGAAAGAUGAACGCGGUCAGCUGUACCAGAACCGACUGGUACUGCCGUCGAAGAAAAAGGUCCCGCUGUACUACGAACGGAUUCCUCGUCCAAUCGAUCUGGCCCAAAUUCAAGCCAACAUCGAACAGGGAACCUACAAGCAGCCGAAGGUCUUCGAGGACGAUCUGCUGAUAAUGUUCAGCAAUGCGGUCAAGUACUACGGCAUUAGCUCACCGGAAGGUGUCGCAUCCGAAAAGCUAAAGGAACACUACUACAUCUGCAAGCAGCGUCAGGUGGACAAACUGAUCGCGUACGUUGGCGAACAGAACGAGCUGCUGAAAGGAUUCAUUCCGAAAAAGGAACCGGAACCGUUGCCUCCCCCGAAGGGGCGUGGAAAGUUUAAACAGGAACAAGCUGAAGACAUCAUCCGUUGCAUCUGUGGCUUAUUCAAAGACGAAGGGUUGAUGAUUCAGUGUUCCAAGUGUUUGGUGUGGCAGCAUAUCGAGUGCACGAAGGCAGACCCAUCGGUUGAUAACUAUCUGUGUGAAAAGUGCGAACCCCGCCAGGUGAAUUAUGAGAUUCCGUUGAAUGACUUUACGGAUGAAGGCUACCAGUACUACAUGUCACUGAUGCGGGGAAACCUACAAAUUCGUCAAACUGAUACGGUGUACGUACUGCGGGACAUUCCAAUGUCACCGGAUCCUAGCAAUCCGGACGGUCCACCGAAGAAACACACGUACGAAACGAUCGGAAAGGUAGAUUACGCCGAGUGCGAUAUCUUCCGCGUUGAAAGCCUUUGGAAGGACAAGGAAGGUCGACGGUUUGUGUAUGGCCAUCACUAUCUGAGGCCGCACGAAACGUACCACGAGCCGACGAGACGAUUCUAUCCGAACGAGGUGAUGCGCGUGCCGCUGUAUGAGGUCAUCCCGAUCGAACUGGUCAUGGACCGGUGCUGGGUGCUGGACCCGACGACUUUCUGCAAGGGCAGACCGGUCGAUAGCUCCGAACCGCACGUGUACAUCUGCGAGCUGCGGGUGGACAAGAGUGCACGUCUGUUUUCGAAGAUCUCGCGCCAUGCCCAUCCGGUGUGCAUGAAGUCCUAUGCGUUCCACAAGUUCGAGCAGAAGCUGAAGAUCUCGAAGACGUUUGCGCCUCACGAUCUUGGCUCACUGUCGCAUCUACUGGUCGCAAAAGACAACCGAAAGAAGAACAGCAAGAAGGAUGACGCAAACUCUUCCGCUUCCGGAACACCGAGCGUCACUUCGAAGAAGAUGACACCGAUCAUGCAGCUGUUGCCACCGCCCCCAAAGACUGACAGCAACAGUCGUCCCGAAGGAGCGCUCGUACUACCUUCAAACGAGACCUUGGCGGAGAAACGCAACCGGUUGGAAACCGUGCUGGGGAGAUUAAUGGUCAAACUGAACGCAAACCCGGCCGCCCUGCCGGUGGUCGACAUCAGCUAUCUGCUGACCGGCCGGGGCGCCCGGUUGCGCCGAACGAUCGCCAACACGACGCCGGUUCCGAACAUUUGAGAGUGGGUCAAAAAGCGACGGAAGCGCCGCAAAUGGAAACGUUACUACGACUAACCGUCCACCCGCGCGAGCCGCUCGCAAACGAGGAAUUUAUUGUAAAUAGUGCCACUUUGAGGCGCCCCGCGAAGGGCCGGUUUGUCUCUAGACUUUCCGGCUCCUUCGCGGGCGGCUCGGAUUUUGCUAGACUACUUAUAAGGUUAUGUUUAUCAAGCUGAAUUUAAGUUAUUUCAAUUAUUUAUGACGCAUUCGCAAAGUUUUGUUUAGAACAAAUAAACAUUGUUUUCGUUUAUCCAUUUAUUGUUUUCAUUAUUUUUGCUUAUUGUCAUUAUCAUUGCUUAAGAAAGGCUUCAUACUGUUUUCAUUUGUUACAAUCGUUUAGUUGAAAUGAUUUCGGCCCCGAAAAGGUUCAGAUCAUACACGCAAAAACUAUGACAAUUUUUCUGCAUACUCACUCAAACCGUUAAACAAGUAUUAAAACCGAAAGGGAAACAUGUAAUAAUGAUAAAAGUUAUGGCUUCUAGUUGAUUAAUUUAUUCCUAGUUGUAGACUUUAAACUUUCUAUAAAUUUCGAAACAAACCGAAAAUGAAAUCGAAGAAACAGGAAAUUCCAACAAUUUAUGGCAAUUGCAAACAAAACAAACAAAGAAGAAAAAACAUACACUAUCUGAAUGGACUGAAUAAAGGAAUAGUAAUUUUAGGGUUUAGGAAGAAAAUAAAAAAGGAUGAUUUAAUAUAUUUGAGCUUGAGCUUGAGGUCGAUUUAGGAAACAAAAAAACACUAGAAACUAGUAGGAAAGGGCCAAUUUUUUUAGACGCCUCGAAGAUAUAUAGGAUUUUGAAUUGAACAAACAAGUAAACAAGCAAACAAGCAAACAAACAAGUACUAUUAUCGAAUAAAACACAAAGAUGCACACACAGGCAAGAUAAUGCACUCAUACACUCGUUGACAGCAACAAUAAAAAAACAACUUCUACUUAUAAAUGCGACAUUCAUACCGUGCUGUAUAUAGGAUCAAAAAUAUGAU